AUGUCCAUUAAUACAGCCAAUACCCCAGAUGGUCGUGGUGUGUUAAUUUACAAUGGGGAAGUAAUUCUAGUUUUUGCAAGGGAUGUGGUGAUGACUGUUGAGAAGAAUAGCAAUCAGGGCUUGGAAGGGAAAUACAACGGCGUACUUUACCUGACAUCACAUCGUAUAAUAUUCAUGCCAGAUACACCUAAGCGUUUUGUGUCAUUUGAAAUCCCAUUCUCAUCAAUGCAGGAUGUUCAUUUGGAACAACCGAUUUUUGGGGCUAAUUACUUACGAGGCAUUGCAACUGCCAUUCCUGGGUCGCAGCUGUAUGGCGAAGUACCGUGGCGUCUAACUUUCAAUAAAGGUGGUUGUAUCGAUUUUGGUCGUACCUUGUUGGAAGCUGUCGACAGAGCUGAAAGGUUUCGUCCUUCGAACGCACCUCCUCCUUAUGCUCCACCUCAAGGGUAUUUCUAUGCAGCCCCACCGGACUACUACGCUCCUUCAGUUGAUGGUAAGCGUCACAAUGGGCUACGACCGCCCACUCAUGCAUUCCCUGAUCGUCCUAGCUCAGAUUCAGUUUUUAUGUGUGAAGCUCCUCCUCCGUAUUCGGGACCUGCCUUCAUCAUUACCGUCCUCUAUCCUUCAAUUGUGUUUAACUUCAGAAUGGCGUCAAAUUUGACGGUGAAAGUACAUCCUGUGGUUUAUAUGACCAUUGUGGAUUCUUACCUCCGCCGACAGCGCCCAACAAAAGCUGGACAGCCGCCUAAUGACAAAGCUCUUGGUACUCUGAUGGGCUUCUAUGAAAAGGAUGCUGUUCAGGUCACUAACUGUUUCGCAAUUCCAUUUUGUGAGUCGCGCGAUGAUCUUGAACUUGAUGAUUCGUUCAAUCAGCAAAUGAUUCAAAUGCUGAAAAGGGCUGCGCCAACUGAGCAACCUGUGGGCUGGUUCUACACAUCUUCUGAUCUUUCUUCAAACUGCUUAAUCUAUCAUGAUUACUACAACAGAGUUAUUAACGAGGUUUGUUCAUUGCUUAAGGAAAUGUACCACAUUUUAUACUGCCUGAUGCCUUUCUUUCCCUAUUAUCUCAUCAUACUGCAAAGCUGGUUGUUUUUGAAUAUGGAAAAUGUUUCAUUUCGUAAUUUCUCACUAUUCAUCGGGCUAUGGGUUUUUCAGGUUUCGCGGAAGGAAUCACCACCACUCAUUCUGUUAACUCUCGAUACAACGUUCUCUAGUGCCGAUAACAAAUAUCGUAUGCCUAUGAGAGCCUAUCUUAGAACGAUGGCUGGUAUUCCUCGUGCUCGGGAUCCGCACUGCGCAAUAUUUAAUCCACUCCGUAAUGCUCUUGACUCAAGGCGUCGUGAAGUAACAAUGGAGAAUGGGCUACAGCAGCUUGAGAGAAGUAUCGGCAAGAUAAUUGAAUGGCUAGAACGUCUUCUUGAGUAUGUUAAUGAGGUAAUGUCUCGUAGUGAACUUCCUGCUGAUGCAACAAUGGGUCGACGACUAAUGGAUAUUGUUAACACGGCUGCUACACACAUGCUAGCGGAGAAAUUUGAUAGCCUUGUUAAGAAUAGCCUUAGGGACUACAUGAUGAUAUCGUACUUAGCCAAUUUAACUAAUACGCAACUUCAAAUACACGAAAGGAUGACGAACAUCUAA